AUGGCACCCGGCGCCUCCACCGGCGCCCUGCUCCACCGGCUCCUCCACAGGCUCUCGCCGUCGGCCCCGGCGCGCUGCGACGGCGCGCCGCCGGCUCCCACCGCGGCGUCCGAGCUGGAGGGAAAGGUGACGCACCUGAUGGAGCUGCUCAAGGCGCAUGAGUCGCGGGACGCGGAGGCGUCGCGGCUGCAGCAAGCGCUGCAGCGCCAGGAGGAGGCGGACGCCGCCAAGCUCGUCGAGUUGAUGCGACGGCAGGAGGCGGCGAGCGCGGCGGCGGUCGAGGAGGCCAAGGCUGCGAUCGAGGCGCAGCUGGUCGAGCGAUUCCGCGAGGAGCAGGCGGCGGCGGCGGAGGCGCACUCAGCGCAGCUGCAGCAGCUGAGCGCGGAGCACUCGACGCAGCUGCAGCAGGCGGCGGCCCUCCUGGAGGCGCAGGCGCGCGAGAAGUUUGAGACGGCGGUCGCGCACGAGAGGGUGAUUGCGCGCGAGGCGCAGGAGCAGGCGGUGCUCGCAGAGAGGCUGGCGUAUCUCUCCGCCCUCAAGCAGCUCGAGCUCGACGUCGACGCGCACGACAGCUCGUACAAGAGCACAUCGCACGCCGUCCUCCAGCUCUCCGCCGCCCUGCGGCCUGCGCUUGCUUCGAGCCCGAGCGCGCCCGCGACGCUGCAGCAGCUGCAGGAGCGCUUCGCGACCCUCGUCCCCGAGGGCGGAGGCAUGUGGGGCCACGCCCUCGCCGGCUCG